AUGGCGAGUCGGCGAAUCUUAUCAUCGCUUCUCCGAUCAUCUUCGGGCAGAUCUACUUCUAAAUCAUCCUUACUCGGGAGCCGUAACCCUAGGCUCCCAUCACCCGGACCCGCGCGUCGCGUCGCUCCAUGUGGGACCUUACUUGGCCGAGUCGCCGAGUAUUCGACCUCUUCUCCGGCUAAUUCGGCUGCAUCAUCGUCUGCUCCGGCUAAGGAUGAGGGUAAGAAGACUUAUGAUUAUGGUGGAAAAGGUGCGAUCGGGAAGGUUUGCCAGGUUAUUGGUGCCAUUGUUGAUGUGAGAUUCGAAGAUCAGGAAGGAUUGCCUCCGAUCAUGACAGCUCUCGAGGUUCAGGAUCACCCGACAAGGUUGGUGCUUGAGGUGUCUCAUCAUUUGGGUCAAAAUGUCGUCAGGACCAUUGCUAUGGAUGGUACUGAGGGUCUCGUUCGUGGUCGACGCGUUCUCAAUACUGGCGCUCCAAUCACUGUUCCUGUUGGAAGGGCUACACUUGGACGUAUCAUGAACGUUCUUGGAGAACCCAUUGACGAGAGAGGCGAUAUUAAAACCGACCAUUACUUACCCAUUCACAGAGAAGCUCCGGCUCUGGUUGAUUUGGCCACCGGUCAAGAGAUUCUGGCUACUGGUAUUAAGGUUGUUGAUCUCCUUGCUCCUUACCAAAGAGGAGGAAAGAUUGGACUCUUUGGUGGUGCGGGUGUUGGCAAAACAGUGCUCAUUAUGGAACUGAUCAACAAUGUCGCCAAAGCUCAUGGUGGUUUCUCCGUGUUUGCUGGUGUUGGAGAACGAACCCGUGAAGGUAAUGACUUGUACAGAGAAAUGAUUGAGAGUGGUGUCAUCAAGCUAGGCGAGAAGCAGUUGGAGAGCAAAUGUGCUCUUGUAUAUGGGCAAAUGAAUGAGCCCCCGGGUGCACGUGCCCGUGUUGGACUUACUGGUUUGACCGUUGCUGAGUAUUUCCGUGAUGCCGAAGGCCAAGAUGUCUUGCUUUUCAUUGACAACAUUUUCCGUUUCACUCAGGCCAACUCUGAAGUGUCUGCUUUGCUCGGUCGUAUCCCAUCUGCUGUGGGUUACCAGCCAACUCUGGCUUCUGAUCUUGGUGCUCUUCAAGAGCGAAUCACAACCACCAAGAAAGGUUCUAUUACCUCAGUCCAAGCCAUCUAUGUCCCUGCUGAUGAUUUGACAGAUCCUGCUCCUGCCACAACUUUUGCUCACUUGGACGCCACAACUGUGCUGUCAAGACAGAUUUCUGAGCUUGGUAUCUAUCCUGCUGUGGAUCCUCUGGAUUCUACAUCCCGUAUGCUGUCGCCUCACAUUCUGGGUGAGGAACACUACAACACUGCUCGUGGUGUGCAGAAAGUGCUACAGAACUACAAGAAUUUGCAAGAUAUUAUUGCUAUUUUGGGUAUGGAUGAGCUAAGUGAAGAUGACAAGCUGACUGUUGCCCGUGCCCGUAAGAUCCAGAGAUUCUUGAGUCAGCCGUUCCAUGUUGCUGAAAUCUUCACCGGUGCCCCUGGAAAAUAUGUCGACCUUAAAGAAAACAUCAACAGUUUCCAGGGUUUGCUCGAUGGUAAGUACGAUGAUCUUCCUGAACAAUCAUUCUACAUGGUUGGUGGUAUCGAUGAGGUGGUUGCAAAGGCAGAGAAGAUCUCAAAGGAGUCAGCAGCUUAG